CUCGGUUCAAAUGAAACGACUCCUUCACGAGUUGGACGUCGUUAGCAGCGUCCCAGCCUUCACAACACCGACUCUUCCACUGCAGCGGACAGGAGCCGGACAAGCUACUUUAUCCUCUCUCCUGAUAAAAAGGCAAUUCCAAUGGCAGAGCGUGUGCUUGUGAUUGGCAGUGGUGGGCGGGAGCAUGCACUGGCAUGGAAGCUGGCACAGUCACCUCAUGUCCAGCAAGUCCUAGUAGCCCCUGGCAAUGCAGGCACAGCCAGCUGUGGAAAGAUUUCCAAUUCUGCUGUGAGUGUAAGUAAUCAUACCAUCCUGGCUCAGUACUGCAAAGAUCAUAAUGUGGCACUUGUGGUGGUUGGCCCAGAGGUUCCCUUAGCUGCAGGUAUCGUGGAUGACCUGACAGCAGCAGGUGUGCCGUGCUUCGGGCCCUCAGCGAAGGCUGCCCAGCUGGAGGCCAGUAAAAGCUUCUCCAAAAGCUUCAUGGACCGUCAUGGCAUCCCCACAGCCCGCUGGAGCUCCUUCACUGACCCCAAGGAGGCCUGUAGCUACAUUCAAGGAGCGGAUUUCCCAGCUCUGGUGGUGAAAGCCAGCGGCCUGGCUGCGGGGAAGGGAGUUAUCGUAGCAAAGGAUAAGGACGAGGCCUGCCAGGCGGUACUGGACAUCAUGAAGGACAAGGCUUUUGGCACUGCUGGUGAUACUGUGGUGGUGGAAGAAUUGCUUGAGGGAGAGGAAGUGUCUUGUUUGUGUUUCAGUGAUGGGUCCACAGUGGCUGCUAUGCCCCCUGCACAGGACCAUAAGAGGCUACUAGAUGGAGACCAAGGUCCAAACACAGGGGGAAUGGGUGCUUACUGCCCCACCCCACAGGUGUCUGAGGAGAUGCUUCAACAGAUCAAAACCACUGUUCUGCAGAAGACUGUAGACGGCAUGAAAGAAGAUGGCAUACCAUAUGUGGGUGUGCUCUACGCAGGGCUGAUGUUGACUAAGCAGGGGCCAAAGGUGCUGGAGUUCAACUGCCGCUUCGGCGAUCCUGAGUGUCAGGUGCUGCUGCCCCUGCUAAAGAGUGAUCUGUAUGAGGUGCUAAAGAACACACUGCAGGCUAAACUGGCCUCCGAUCCUCCUGUGUGGCUAGACAACAGUGCUGCGGUCACUGUGGUCAUGGCCAGUGAAGGCUAUCCUGGAGCCUACAAAAAGGGUGUCGAGAUCACAGGUCUGUCUCAGGUCACAGAGAUGGGGCUUCAGGUGUUCCAUGCUGGCACUGCGCUGAAAGAAGGGGGUGGAAUUGUGACCAGUGGUGGGCGUGUUUUGACAGUGACUGCAGUUCGGCCCACUCUGGAGAGUGCCCUGCACAGCGCCAAUCAGGGCGUAGCUGCGGUGGGCUUCACCAACGCUGUGUAUCGCAGAGAUAUCGGCCACCGCGCCAUCGCUUACCUCACCCGCACCAGAGGACUGACUUAUAAGGACAGUGGAGUUGACAUAGCUGCAGGAAAUAAGCUGGUGGACAUAAUCAAACCUCUGGCUAAGGCCACAUCUCGCACAGGCUGCAAUGUUGACCUCGGAGGCUUUGCUGGGCUCUUUGACCUAAAAGCUGCUGGGUUCGUUGACCCCAUCCUUGUAGCUGGAACUGAUGGAGUUGGCACCAAACUGAAGAUUGCCCAAGCCUGCAACAUCCACAACACACUCGGCCAGGACCUUGUGGCUAUGUGCGUCAAUGAUGUUCUGGCUCAAGGGGCGGAGCCUCUUUUCUUCUUAGACUAUUUCUCCUGUGGGCAUCUGGAUGUGGGCGUGGCCUCGUCUGUGAUUGGUGGGAUUGCGGAGGCGUGUCAGAUGGCAGGAUGUGCUUUACUGGGUGGUGAGACUGCUGAGAUGCCGGGAGUGUAUGGUCCAGGAGAGUAUGACCUGGCCGGGUUUUGUGUGGGAGCAGUAGAACGGGGGUCUCUUCUACCCAGGCUAGGAGACAUUCAGGAGGGAGACCUGCUGAUUGGUGUGGCCUCAUCUGGGGUGCACAGCAACGGUUUCAGCCUGGUUCGCAAAGUCCUGGAGCGGGCUGGCCUCCAGUACAGCUCUCCUGCUCCCUUUGGGCAGCCUGGACAAACUUUGGGCUCUGCUCUGCUCACACCAACUAAAAUCUAUAGCCGCCUUCUCCAGCCAAUCCUGCGCAGUGGAGCAGUGAAGGCCUACGCUCACAUUACAGGAGGUGGUCUCUUGGAGAAUCUUCCUCGAGUUUUACCCAAAGAACUGGCUGUAGAUCUGGAUGCUACGCGUUGGAGAAUUCCUCCAGUGUUCUCCUGGCUCCACAAGGAAGGUUCUCUCUCAGAGGAGGAAAUGGCCCGCACCUUCAACUGUGGACUGGGAGCGGUGCUGGUAGUGGGCAAACAAGAAGCUCAGAGGGUCCUCAGACAGCUACAGGCCGAGGAGGAGGCGUGGAUCGUAGGCUCACUCACACACAAAAUGCCUGGUGGCGAGGCUGUGGUGAUCAGAAAUCUGGAACACAGUCUGAGGGCCGGCCCCAACCCCUGUCCUGACACCAGCGUCCUGCAGAACGGAGCUUCUCACACAGAUUCCAGUUCUCGCAAGAGGACCAAGGUAGCUGUACUCAUCUCUGGGACUGGCACUAACCUGCAGGCCCUGAUAGAGCAGACCAAGAAGUCAUCCAGCUCUGCUGAGAUUGUCGUGGUCAUCUCAAAUCGUCCAGGUGUGCUGGGCCUGAAGAGAGCUUCAAUGGCAGGCAUUCAGACACGGGUGGUGGACCAUAAGCUCUACGGGAGUCGAGCUGAAUUUGAUAGCACUAUAGACCAUGUCCUGGAGGAGUUCGGAGUGGAGGUGGUUUGUCUUGCUGGCUUCAUGAGAAUCCUCACUGGGCCCUUUGUCAGGAAAUGGAAUGGCAAGCUGCUGAACAUCCAUCCAUCACUGCUGCCUUCCUUCAAAGGUGUAAACGCACAGAAGCAGGCCCUGCUCGCUGGAGCUCGGGUCUCUGGCUGCACCGUCCACUUUGUGGCUGAGGAGGUGGACGCAGGAGCCAUCAUUGCGCAAGAGGCCGUUCCUGUGCUGAUGAAUGACACAGAGGAAAGCCUAUCAGAGCGCAUCCUAGAGGCAGAGCAUCGGGCCUUCCCCACCGCUUUAGAACUCGUAGCAAGCGGAGCGGUCAGGUUAGGGGAGGACGGACGCAUCAUGUGGAACCAGUCAGCGUAGAGAUAGAGCAGCAAAACCUAGGGCAUGUUCAGCAGAGCUAAAUUAUAAUGAUUACACUUGGUCAGCUAACAUACAGGAUCUAAUCCAGCAUUAAUUGUUCCUUUGUCUUGUAAACAAGGCUCAUUUAGAUUUCCAUUGCUGGGGGCACAAUUUAAAUCCUGUGACAUUUCAUUUCAUCCCUUUUUGUUGCCUUUUUUGCUGAUAAAUUGUAGAAUGCUCUUCUCUCAGUUUUGCAGGGAGUUUAAUUGUUACAUCUUUCUAUAUCAUGUACUUCUGAACAUUCCAUUUAGAAUGAAAAAUUCCAUUAGUGACUUUUUAAUGGCUCACUGUGUUGUGUUGCAGGAGUUAUUUUGACACUACUUAAAUAUUCUUUAAACCCCCUGGUGUGAAAGAUACAUUGCAUUAGAGUUUCUCGGCUCUUAAAAGCAGAAAGAAGAUAUACAAGUCAUGUCUGAUGGUGAACUGCAAUAGAACUGUACAGUUGCUUUUUGCAUGUAACAGUAGGUACUGUGACAUUUGCUUGGCACUGCUGGUAUUAAAUCUUGAUAUUGAACUUGCACAACUGUAA